AUGAAGAGAAAGCGAGAGGCCGCACAACCAGGCCUGACUGCUGGAGAGCGCCUAAAACGCAGCAAGCUGACCUCUAAUCCCGACAUCUGGACAUCACCUUGGGGCUGGGUUGGUACCGAUGUCUUCGACGCGUCUUUGAUCACAAACGACCACCUACUAGCAACGUGCGGAUUCCUCCCCAACUCUGGUCACACCCUCUGCGCAAAUAAAUUGAAGAAGAGCCUUGAGAAGCGCCCAAAUACCACGGGACAGACUCCCCCGGCGGAACACGACGAUGUCAUCGUCAUCUCGGAGGACGAGACUCCCAGCUGCAGCAAGCGCUCGUGUCGAAAGAACCCAAACUGUGUCAACUACCUUGGACAGGAGAAAUGGGUUGAUGCCGACGAGGCGUUCGAUCUGUACUCAACAGCUGCAGGCUUGGGUGGUGAUCCUCGACAGUGGGAGAAGAAACCUGGUGUUCCAGUUGGAUUGAAGAACUUAGGCGCCACUUGCUAUGCCAACGCAACCCUUCAAGUCUGGUUUCAAGACGUUCGCUUUCGCAACGGCGUAUAUCGGUGCCAGGCCUCACAGGAGCCGGAAGACGGCUCGAAGGAGACAGUGUCAGUAUUCCAUUUACAGGCGACAUUUGCUGCUCUUCAAGAGAGCAAGAAGUUCUGGUACAAUCCAGUGCACUUCAUCAACUCGCUAGAAGUGCCUCAUGAAGUCCAACAAGACGCGGCGGAGUUCUCCAAGCUUUUCACGGGUCUGCUUGAGACUGUUUUCCACAAACAGACGGACCCUGCGCUGCAGACGCUGCUCGCGCAACAGUUCCAGGGCGAGUUCGUCUACAAGCGCACCUGUCCGGUGUGCAAUACGUCCACCACGAGCAAUCAGACCUUUCUCGAACUCGACGUUACUCUGGAGAAUAACGCAUCGCUGGAGAGUCGUCUGCGAGCGACGUCUACAACAGAAGGUUGGCCGUGUCCCCGAUGCAAGGAGAAUCGCGAUGCAGUCGAGCGUACUGUCUUACGCAGAGUGCCGCCUGUUCUACACAUCUCUCUCAUGCGCUUCGCUUGGGACAUGUCAACCGGAGACCGUAAGAAGGUCAAGCACAGCAUUGCUUUCCCGACAUCAAUCGACAUGGCCCACUUUGUUGAACCUGACCCGGAAAAGCCAUCGGACGCCCCUUCGUCUGAUAUCUACGACCUCCGAGCCAUCCUCCUGCACAAGGGCGCCAGUACGUAUCAUGGACAUUAUAUCUCGCACGUUCGUGAGGCAUCGACGGAUACCUGGUUCGAAUUCGACGACGACACUGUCACGAAGAUUCGUCCGCCAGGUUCAGAUAACGUACCUGUUCGCACGAACGCCGCCAAGAAGCGUAAGGUGCAGAGGAUUGAAGACAGCGACGAUGAGGACGAGAUCCGCAUUGUUGACCCUCCCCCCAAACCGGACCAGACUAGCAAAGGCAAGGACUCCAAGGACCCUGUCGUCCCUGGUGCCCGUAUUGUAAAGUCUAAGGACGCCUAUAUGCUCGUCUACGCUCGACGCGGGGACAAGCAACCGGAGCCCGAAGCGCCAUCUCGAGAAGCACUGGAGGCCAUCACUGCUGUCAACGAAGCCCAUGAUGGGAGGGUGGCGAAAUACAAGGAGAAGUUCGAGAAGCUUAAGGCGGAAUUCGAUGCGCAACGCGACAAGAUGCUUGAUGUGUUCAGGACUUGGAACAUAACGAACGCGAGACAGCCUUCGGCGGUAGUCAGUCAGCAUGCCCUUGAGGAGUUCGUCUCUCGCUCGUUACGCAAGCCCGACGUCAAGAAGGAAGCCAAGAAGAUCGAGGAGGAGACUCCUGCGGACGAUAAGGCUGCUUCUGAGCCGCCGUUAGAGGAUACAUCCGCUCUCGCCGAAGCCUCGACGGACGCCGACGUCAAGUCGUCCACGGACUCUCCGCCGCCGAAUGUCGAGCCCGGGGACAUCUCUGUCGCUGAAAUCCUCUGCGAACACGGCAAACUUGAUCCCUCCAAAUGUGGCGAAAUGAAGCGAAUCAGCACCGACGCAUACGAGACAAUGAAACAGAGUCUCGGUGUGCGCUUCGUGCCUGAGCUCACUCACGAAGACGUCUGUGAGGUAUGCGUGAAGGAGAGCUUCCCGGAACGCCUGUAUCAGCGUCAACAUCCGAAAGAUGUUGCGGCUGUCGAGUCGGAGCACUACGAUCUCAACAGCAUACAGUACUGGAUAUCAAAGGAUUGGUACAAGGACUGGAAGCAGACCAAGCCCAAGAUGCACCUCGCUGGCCUGCCAGAUCCCAGUCCGUCCGACGGCAAGUACCAUGGCGACGUCUUCUGCCAGCACGGCGGCCUCCAAGCAAAUCUGAACAAGCGGCAACGUAUCAGCCCUUCGGCGUACGAUCUCCUGCGCGGCCUCUUUCCCGGAUGGACAACACUGAAGGCGGACGAGCCGCAGUGCCCAGUGUGUGAUGCCAUUAGCGAUCGCGAGAGGGUGCAUAAGCAGGAACAGAAGCAGCUCGCGGAAAAGGAGAGCUCACAACUCGGAUAUAUGAAGGGAAACGCAGCGAAUGGCAACACAGCGACUCUCGAGGGCGUGCCGCUCGCCGUUGUUCCGAGAGAGUUCGUCGACAACUGGAAGAAGUGGCUUCUUCGUCCGAACGGGCACCCUCGCCCAACACGCAUUGACACCUCUGGCUAUCAAUGCAAGCAUGGGAAGCUGAACUUCGAUCCCAGUAAAGGCGACAUGGACUCGACGAUGUGUGUAAUACGCAAGGGCGACUGGACACACCUCGAGAAGUGGUACUCCACAGGCCCGCUCAUGUCAUAUACUCGGCGCACCGUGAACGGCGAGACCAUCUUCGUUUGCACACCGGAGGUCUGCGAGGAGUGUCGAACCGUACGCAAGUCGACGUAUGAGGUCGCGUCGGUGACCGUCCGCGUCCUGGCUGAUGGCGAUCCAACACCUACGCCCGGCGCGCCCUCCACCUCGGCGGUCUCUGCGCCUGACGGACAAACUAAGCUCACAACGUACGCCAGUUCUUCCAGGCAAUCAAAACGUUUACGUCAGGGCGGGAAGCGUGUCGAGCGCACCAUGCAGAUCACGAAGGACAUGUCUGUGAAGGACAUCAAGCUGGCCGUACAGGAGGAGCUCAGAAUCCACGUCAUCUGUCAACGCCUCUUCUACGAAGGGCGCGAGCUCGAGGACAACGCUACUACUGUCGCCGAGAUUGGGAUCCUGGCCGGUUCUACGCUCGAACUCAUCGAAGUGAAGGAGGACGACAGCAUCAUGGAUGACGACGGCCCUCCCUCGAAGCGCCGGCGCGAGGAAGGCCCGGCCUUUGGCGGUACUCUACUGGGAGGCGGUGGUGGGAGCAGGGCCGACAUCGCUUCAAGUGCUAGCCGGGAGCCCAGUGAAGGUGUCUUGGGGGAUAUGCCUAGCGAACUCCCACCUUUUGAGCUGCCACCUUCGAGGGACUCGACGACCCUCGCGGACAGCGCAAGUGAACGCGCGAUAUCGAUACCACCGGAGGCAGUGCCGAAGGGCGUGGAGGAUGUCUCUUUAUACUGCCCUACGUGCACGUACCUUAACGAACCAACGGCCAUCGUCUGCACUAUGUGUGACCACAAGAUUGACAAAUGA